CGACUUACAUCAUCUUCAACCUUCUUCUAAACCCAUCCUACCAUAUUUUUAGAAAGAAAAGGAAAAGCAUAAAGAAAGAACAUGUUUCUUCCUGCCUUUUGGACAUGUUUUGUCACAACAGAAAAGCAAAACAAACCAGCAAGACCUAAAGAGAGUUUAAGUUACAUGAAGUUUUUGAAGUUUCAAGCCAUGGAGAGUGCUGCAAGUAACUGUGAUGAAGAACAAAAAUGGGAAGCUGAGGAGGAAGAAGAAGAAGCAUUGUCAUUGUGUGAUUUGCCAGUCAAUUUGAUUAAAGAAGAGAACCAAAUCCAGCCAAGGAAUGAAGAAGAUGUUGAAUCCCAAGCCAUUAAAACCGAGGAAGAUUUCAACUUUGGCUCAUGGGAUGGCUGUUUGUCAACAAAACCUGAAAUGUGUGCAGCUGACGAAGUGUUCUUUAAAGGCCAAAUUCUGCCCUUAUGUGUCUCAAUUAGUUCAGACAGUAGCCUAACAUGGUGCCACCGUCAAGAUAGCCAGAACAAGCCAAGGUCUGAGUCCAUGGACCAUGGUUCCUUAAGUAGGUUCACAAGUGUCACUAGUAGUAGCAGAAGCAGUAGCACUGGAAGUAGCCAUUACUCAACAAAUAGCAGUAACUCCACCACAGUUACAGCAGCAACAAGUUUCAAUUCAGUUACCAGUUACAAAUCAAAUCCAAACAAAUCCAUAAACAACUUCAACACACAUCCAAGUCCAAAACCCCAGAUAAGGUUGUCCAAAACUCGACCAAUGAAUAUCAGCAGCAGUCGAAACCAGACAUCAUCAUCGGUGUGGGAUUUUUUCAGGUUAGGCUUGGUUCGAGCACCAGAACUUGAAUUCCACGAGUUGAAAAUUCGGACCAACAACAACAAUAAUCCGAGUCGAAAUUCUGUCAGCCGGAACAGCAGUUGUAAUAGCAGUAACAGUCAGCUAGAUUCGAUCAAAGGGUUCUUAAGAAAAGGGUUGUUUAGUGGAUGUAAAUGCUCAGUUAAUGUAGUUGAAACAGUUCCAUUGAACAAAAUAGCAGUCAUCAAAAGUAUGAUGAUAAAGAAGAAGAGUGAGAAAGAGAAAGCAAUGUUUCAAGCCGCCAUGGAAGAAAAAACGAAGCUACUGCAAGAAGUGAAGAUAAAGAAGAAAAUGAAAGAAAAGCGAGUUUUGUCACGUCAUCGAACGUAUGAAUGGUUAAAGGAGCUUUCACAUGCAAGCUUUGUUGAUGAGGCUUGAAGAAAAAAAGACUCAAUGAACAAUCUCUCGCAUGCUUCCCUUUUUCUUUACUUUCAUCAUUUUUCAACUUUUUUUGUUCUUUUUGGUUUAUAUUUUUGUUCUUUUAGAUGCUUCAAAUUGCAGGCUGUUGUACCUAUAAAAUCUGUGUCUCACUGUGUGUUGUGAGAUUUGCAGUUUGUUAAUUAUUGAAGUUUUAAAUUUAAAAAAGAAAAUUCUGAA